CUUGCGCAAGCGCACAACCGCACGGCCGCGUAGCUCCGAUCUUGCCGAAAACGCCUUGCGGGGAGGUUGAGCCGCUUGCACAAUGUCUGAAAUGAACGAGCUGUCCGAGCUCUAUGAGGAAAGCAAUGACCUGCAGAUGGAUGUGAUGCCUGGCGAGAGUGACCUUCCGCAGAUGGAGGUAGGCGGCGGGAGCCGGGAGCCAUCCCUGAACCCCUACCGCGCCGGGGCCCAGCCACAGCUGGAGGAGGAAGGCCCGAUGGAGGAGGAGGCCGCCCAGCCAAUGGCGGAGCCGCUGGGGCAGCGAGGCCUCGGUAGCCGGCCCGGCCUUGGGGAGCAGCCAGGCCAGGUCGCGGGCCCUGAUUUCGAGAGCGAGGACGAGGGCGAGGAAUUCGAUGACUGGGAGGACGACUACGACUAUCCGGAAGAGGAGCAGCUGAGUGGUGCAGGCUACAGAGUAUCAGCGGCCCUUGAAGAAGCCAACAAGAUGUUUUUGAGAACCUCCAGAGCAAGAGAAGCAGCUCUGGAUGGCGGGUUUCAGAUGCAUUAUGAGAAGACCCCGUUUGAUCAGUUGGCUUUUAUCGAAGAGCUUUUUUCACUCAUGGUUGUCAAUCGUCUGACCGAAGAGCUCGGCUGUGAUGAGAUUAUUGAUAGAGAGUAGUUAAACGCUGUGAAGAGAGGAGGAAACUACUUGAGGAGAGACCUGGCAUUCCACUGUCUCUUGGGUUCAUUCCAAAUAGUUCCGUGCCAAUGAAAAACUUGGUCUUCAAAAAAAAAAAAUUUUUUUUUUUUGUAGAAUAAAGUAGCGACUGCACAGUUAUGAAAAAGGAAAUUGUUAAAGAAAAAGGAUCUAAAUACUGUCGAAACCUGUUUUCAAGAAUGUCCUGAAACAUUUAUGGCUUUGACUUUGUUAUUGAUCCAGAUUAAUUUCCUUGCAUUGAGGAAAAUAUAUGUUCCUGUAAGGGAUGGCUUUGCAAGAGCAAAAGACUCUGGUUGAACUUCAUAAUGUAAGAACUGUUAAGUGAAAAUUGUCCAGUAAAAGGAAAGCCCUACACCUAAAAAAGACUUCAUGAACAACCCUUAAAGGUUUUAAACCUGCCCAGAAAUCCACCUCGGUAUCUGAAGUUUCCCUCUGUCUCCUCCUCUAAUUAAGCUUGUUAGUGGUUAUGCACCAGCAUUGGGGAUAAUAAAAAUUUCUUGUUCUGUGUA